GCGCGCCCCAGCAAAGCCCGACCAGAACGGGGUGAAAAUUACAGCGAAAGCUAGUCCAGACCGAGCUUCCUGACCUGAGCGCGUUUUGUAGAGGAAGUUGUCUUCAAGCGUCCCGACGUGCACGGAGAGGUGGGGAUAUAUAUAUUUUUUUGCACAGCUGCAACCGAAUUUGCACGACGGGGCGGCUGAAGUUUUGUGUGAUUCAUGACCGUCUCAGUUUUGCGUUUUGCUAGGGAGCAGCAGCAGCAGCAGCAGUACACUACGUCGUGCCACACGGGGAGAGAGGAGAGAGGGCAGAAGUUUCCGCUGCCUUGUUUUGUCACUGCGCGGCUGGUAAAUCCGCAGGAAUGUCGCAGAAGGAGAGACCCACUUUCUACCGACAGGAGCUCAACAAAACCGUGUGGGAGGUCCCAGAGCGAUACCAGAACUUAUCUCCCGUCGGCUCCGGUGCUUACGGAUCCGUAUGCUCAGCGUACGAUGUGAAGACAGGCCUGAAGGUAGCGGUGAAGAAGUUGUCCAGACCCUUCCAGUCCAUCAUCCACGCAAAGAGAACCUACAGAGAGCUGCGGCUGCUCAAACACAUGAAGCAUGAGAAUGUGAUUGGUCUGUUAGAUGUUUUCACACCAGGGACAAGCUUAGAGGAGUUCAAUGAUGUGUACUUGGUCACCCACCUAAUGGGUGCAGACCUUAACAACAUCGUCAAAUGUCAGAAACUGACUGAUGACCACGUCCAGUUCCUCAUUUACCAGAUUCUCCGAGGCUUAAAGUACAUCCAUUCUGCAGACAUCAUCCACAGAGACUUGAAGCCCAGUAACCUGGCUGUCAAUGAAGACUGUGAGCUCAAGAUCUUGGACUUUGGUUUGGCACGGCACACAGAUGAUGAAAUGACUGGCUACGUAGCCACCCGGUGGUACCGAGCCCCGGAGAUCAUGCUCAACUGGAUGCACUACAACAUGACAGUCGAUAUCUGGUCUGUGGGCUGCAUCAUGGCUGAACUACUUACUGGACGGACGCUCUUCCCUGGCACAGACCACAUUGAUCAGUUGAAGCGUAUUAUGAUGCUCGUCGGAACCCCAGGGCCCGAGCUCUUGAUGAAAAUCUCUUCGGAGUCUGCGAGGAACUACAUUAACUCUCUUCCCCACAUGCCCAAGAGGAACUUUGCUGAUGUGUUUAUUGGUGCCAAUCCUCUUGCGGUGGACUUGCUGGAGAAAAUGCUGGUGCUGGACACGGAUAAGAGGAUCACAGCAUCUGAGGCUCUGGCCCACCCGUACUUCGCCCAGUACCACGACCCGGACGACGAGCCUGAGGCAGAGCCUUACGACCAGAGCUUCGAAAGCCGUGAGCUGGAAAUUGAAGAAUGGAAAAGGUUAACCUAUGAGGAGGUACUCAGCUUUGUGCCGCCGUCGUACGAUGGAGACGAGAUGGAGUCAUGAGGAGGCCGAGACACCUUUUCUUCCAUCUUUUUGUUUAACAAGGAACACUUUUCAAGGACUAUCAGUCUCAUGUGACUAUCCACCACUUUCCACACACACUCACACAACCAUGACAUUCAAGUGCCUGCCGUCAUUCAUCUCCGGAGGACGUCGCGAUAUCAGGGAUAAAACUUGACAUCCUGUUCCUUCCGUCCCCAACUUUGCUGUUUUUGUUACCCUGCAUCCCAACACCCUUAAUUCAACUUAUGUUUUUAGUGAGUUUUUUUUUUUGGUUUGUUUUUUUUUACCUCAGACAUUUAUUGACAAUAUUGAUCCCCACUUUGAAUCUUAAAUGCAAAUCAGAGAAACUGAACUGCAAAUACAUAUUUUAUAAAAUUGUACUCCAUCGCAGUAAUUGAUAUUGUAGGAAAGAAGAUUCCAACUGCAGUGUGUCUAAAGUUUCUUUCCUCCACACAUUAAAAUUAAAUGUUAUUUCUAUGAAUGCAUAGAACAGUGUAAAUACGACAAACAGUAUUUGUACAUAAGUCAAACUAGUUACCGUAUGUGUAAUAGUCAUAAUUGCUGAGUCACACCUCAGCUGACCCCUUUGACAGUAUGAAUUUUAUGACUAGAAUUUAGCCUAAAGUGGCAUAUAAAAAAAGAUACAGUAUGUAAUUUAAGACGAUGUAUAGGAUAGAUUAAAAAUAUAUAAAACAUUCACCUCCGCAUGGCAAAUUCAAGGCAUCAUAUUUUUAUUGCUGGAUUUUAGGGCUUACAGCGUCCAUUUUUUUAAGCGUUAAUGAGUUACAUAUCCAUUUCACCUGCUCUGUUUAUUUUUUUUUUUACUCCUCUCCUCCACAUCAGAGCACUUCUGAUCUGUUGUUUCAGAAGAACGUUUUCACUCACAAUCUACAGUACCACAAACGCAUGAUGAAGCCAGAUUUGGUUUAUUAGUGUAUUGAAAUGUGAUGUUUCGCACCACAACAACACCAACUGACAAUGUACUUUAAUCAUAUUGCUUAUAUAAAACACAGUACUAUUAAUGUUUAUUGAAUGUUGGGGGGGGCUCCAGUCUGCCCUAUAUUUAUGAUCUUUUGUUAUGUUGUUUGUAUAUCGAUGUAAGAGAAUAUUAUUUGUCAGAAUUUAAGGUUCUUUUUAUUAUUUAUGGAGAGCUUACUGUAUCAGAAACCAAAUGUACCAUCAAUAAUCUCAAAUGUCAGUUAAGCCGUGGCGACUGCAGUUACAGCUUGUUUAUCAGAGCCAACAGUAUAAACAAAAUAGUUUUAAAACAGUUUGAUCAACUCUCUGCUCAUUUUGCGGUUGUUUCGGUUCAUUUUUUUAUCUGGGAUUUUUUUUAGUUUUUUGAGUUUAAAGGGGUUCUUGAACAUUUAUUUAUUUUGUGAUUCCUGAUGAACUGAUCACCCAAAGUAUCGCGAUUUCAAAAGAUCUCAAUAGGAAAACUUGCAGAAAUCAAAGCAGAACAUGCAUUAUGCCAACAUAUUGUCUUGACAUACGAACCACUAAACAUUAGACUCCUAGUGCUGAAGUGUACUACAGGCAUUGACAAAAUGUUUUAUUUUCCUAUGAUAACCUUUUUAGUAGUCGGAUUACAUUUGACAUACAAGCUAUAUCCACAGUUGCUCUGGCUAAAGUCAGCCAAACAAUUUCCGUGUCUUCAUAAUUUCAUAAUUGCAACUACUUGUUUUCAUGUAGUGCUUUUUCCUAAUGUAUUACUUUAUUAUUUUUUUCUUUGCAUUUUAAAUCAGGAUUUGAUGUUAUUCUGUGAUUCUUUAAUAUUGUUUUCUUGAGUAAUGCUAGAACUAUAUUUGUCAUUAGUUUGAAUAAUUUAGCAGGGCACAUGUUAGUGGGAAAGAGUGUACGUUUACUCACUGGAUGCUGAAGGGCAAUGCUGAAGUCUAGUUUUUUUGUUUUGUUUUGUUUUGUUUUUUAAAGGAAGUGCAUAAUUUAGAUUAUUUAUCUUGUCCAUAUCCCAACAUCAGUAGUUAAUUUGUUUUUUUUUUUUGGCUCUGCUUUCUUUGCCUGAUGUGUUCAUCAUGUUUUUACUAUGUUCUUUACGACAUGUAACAGGACAGCACGCCACACCACCUGUAAAUACCACCAUUAGAAAAUAAAGGCUACUAUUUUUCAAACCUGUA